GGAAGCAAUCGUGUGCAGUAACAAGCCGACGUUUUGUUGAGCUUGAUGGUGUUUUCCAUGUAGAACAUUUUCAGAAAAUAAUUCACUCUGGAUUUUUGAUGCUUUUUCACUUUACAGUACAGAACUCCCACAUCUGAAACAACUGUGUACAGAGAAUCGCUGAGUAAGACUAAAGGAUGUCUUCCUCUCCACUAUACUACAGCAACAACCGUGACCGAUUCAAAAAAAGAAAGGCGCGCUUCACUUUUAGCGAGGUCCACAUAUUAUUAGACGAAGUACGAAAACACCGAAAAAUAGUUGUGGGUAAAUUCAAUCGUGGCGUGCCAACAGAUGCUAAAAAACGUACAUGGGCCGAAAUCACUGCUCGUGUGAAUGAGAUUGGAGAGUGUCAACGAGAAAUCAUUGAGGUCAUAAAGAAAUGGUCCGACCUGAAGUGCGACACCAAGCGUAAAAUUGCUGCUAUGCAAACAGGAACAGUGCCAAGCAGAGGACUGAACUCGCGCAUGUCCAAGGACCUCAAUCCCACAGAGAAGAUAGUGGCUCAGAUUCUGGAGAUGUCAGAUAAAGAUGAUGGAACAUAUGAUUUUGGUCCACUGGGUGAUGAUGACGAGGGAGCUGAUGAAGAGGAGAUUGAAGAGGAGGAGAUGAUGGGAUUUCAGAACUCACCAAAUGGAGGACUAGAAACGUCUAUGCCCCCACCUACAUCCUACCUCUCCAGUGGUAGUGGACAACCAGUUGAUCUGCAAUUUGAGCUACUAGAUGACACAGAAGCACCAUUUGCUGAAUCGGAAGAUGAGCAAAAGGAAGAAUUACCACUCCCCAGCAUCCGUACCAGACCGCCCCAAGAUCACCACGAAAAUAAUGGCAUCCCGAAACCCAGUACAGCAAAGCCCGAACCCUCAACUUCCACUGCUGAAACUCUCCCUAUGGCAAAUCCCGCCUCUAAGACUUCCAACCUAAUGGACAGUGUCUCACAGAGCCUCCGUGAGCAACAUGCCACCAACACAUUAUUAGAAACUGUAUCUCGGUCACUGGAGCUGUUAGCCGAAUCAGUGCAACAGCUAGCAGAGACGCAACAGGAGUUUGUGCGCGAGUCCUUACAGCUGCAGAGGGAGACAGUGCAGGUACUCAGAGACUUCACAGGGGGCGCUAUUGCACUCAUCCACGAUAAACUCAAUGGACGACCAACAUUAUAGCAGUGAUGUGUGCAUAUUUGUAUGUUGAGACACUGACUUAUUAGAGAAGGCCUUUUGGCACAGAAAACCUCAUGUUUCUCUGGACUUCUACAAUGGUUGCUGGUCCUUUUAAUCCUACCCAGAUAUUUGAUAAUUUUGUCCGUAAUACAGUUUGAAUGGCUUCUGUUAUCAACUAAUACGAGACUAAAGAAAGUUUGGUACCACAUUGUAAUAAUAAUACCUACAUCUUAAUUAGGCUUAUUAAUGCAUGAACGUUAUUCAGACUUAGUAAAUAAUUAAAGCAGACCUAACGUGCAAAAUCGACUUUUCAGAGCUUUUAACAAUGUUGCAGUGAGUAAAUGGUGAGGUUAAACGACUGUAAGUUAUAUUUCGAGUGACUCAUGCAUUUUUGUGCAAUCUUUAAUCACUUAUUUUCAAGAAACCAUUUUGCCAAUCACCACCACCGGUGUAGGCCCACUGCUCUGUAGUUACUUCGUUCUCCAGUUUUAUUUUCUUUAUCAAUGAUACAUGUAGGAUUCGGAAGCUUCGCAUAGUCAUUUUGGUAGAAAAGAAAAAAAAAAUGCUGCCAGCAUCUGCUAUCUAUCUGAGGUGCUGACGACUUCACGGCUCUUUGUUUUGAUGAUGUUUAUGGUGAUGUCAGCUCCCACUGGGCACCUCAGUUUCCUAACACAGAAGUCAGCAGACUCGUUUCUUGUAUUAAGUUGUUUUAGAUUAAUAUUGUGAUUUAAAAUGUCCGAAUUAUAACGUAAUGAUCCAUGGGUGCCAUAGAUUAUAACUAUAGAUCAGACACAAGCACAAUAGGUCUACUUUAAGGAGUUAGGAGUUAGAUAUAAAGUACUGACUAAGCCUUCUUUAUAAACAAUUUGUUCAUUAUUAAUUAAGUCUUUGUUCAUAGCCUUUAAUGGCCUUUAUUAAGGCUAUUAAAAGUGGUACCAAAAUUCUCUAGAGACAGUUGUUUUGAGUUAACGGGGCUGUACAGUACACACUCGUGAUCUAUUUUUAGUGUUGCAAAACAACUCUGAAUUCAGUCAAAUCAGUCAUUGUAAAUAUAACUUGAACCUUUUACAUUCAUAAUGAUAUUAGGUCUUGGUAAAGAGAUUUUCUCAAUUGUCCAGUGUGUCUUUUUUUUUUUUUAACAUCAACACUUGAAUACUACUAUACCAAUAAUUUAAUUUCAGAUUAAAUAAAUCUCAUUUGUGCGUA